AUGACCAGUUUCGCACUGCUUCAGCUCUUCCUGCUUGCGGGCUUUGCGAGCGCCUCGACUUCCGAUAAGCGCGGUCUCGUUUUCACGCCCAACCCAGCUUAUCCCGCAGACAACGAGGUUUGGGUGCAGUCUGGCAGCGAUUUAACAUGGUACUACAAUUACCAGGCGCUGCCCUCAUCUCCUUAUAACACCUCUCUUUCACAGCAACAGUUCGAGUUUGUGCCGAUGAUGUGGGGUGUGUCAAGCAAUCUCAGCGACACAAAUUUCUUGAACCAAGUGAAGACGCUCAUUAAGCAGGGCACCAACAUCUCGCAUGUCCUGGGCUUCAACGAGCCAGAUGGCUCAACUAGCACCGGCGGAAGCGGCAUUAGUCCCGCAAACGCCGCGACGGCCUGGGUCGCCAAUUUUGAGCCUUUGGGCAAGAUGGGCAUCAAGCUGGGCCUGCCGGCGUGUACAGGAGGACCUGAUAGCUUGCCAUGGCUGAAGCAGUUCCUGUCAAAUUGCUCAGCGCUUGUUAGCACGGAUAAUCAGAAGAAGAACUGCACUUUCGAUUUCUUGCCCGUGCACUGGUAUGAUAACUUUGCAGGCUUGGCAUCACUUAUUGGGGAGAGGAGAGCGACAUGGCCCGACACCGAUAUCUGGGUGACCGAAUACGCAUUUGCGAACCAAGAUCUGCAAACGACGCAGGAAUAUUUCAACCAGACGAUCGAUUACUUUGACAAGUUGGAUUAUAUUGCCCGGUAUACAUAUUUCGGCGCCUUUCGCUCCAAAGCCUCGAACGUCGGGCCCAACGUGCCGUUUUUGAACAAUGCUGGAAAGCUGACGGACAUUGGAGCCUGGUACCUUGGUUUCUCCGAGACGAAUGUCAAACCCACAAGCUCAGCAUCCUUAUCGACGGGAAUAGUGUCUAAUUGGAUAAUUUUAGGAGUAGGAUUAAUGACGGCAUGCAUUGGUGGAUUGUUGUGA